AUGAAACGUUUGUAUGAUACUGUUUUAUGCCUUAAUUCAGUUUUGGAAAUUUCGUAUUUUAGCUAUCUGCGAAAAGCGCACCAGCAAAUGUUUAUUUGCAUAUCAAACUGUUACAGUCAGGACUACAGCCGGGAAAUUGUGGAGACUUGUAUGCAACGUUGUAAUCAACCUGUUAAAAAAUUGAACACUAUUUUGCAACAAGAAUUAGGCCAGUUACAGGCAAGGCUACAUUAUUAUGGUAGCACACUGCUAAGGAUUUUUAAACCUGAUUUAUUGAUUGGACGGUUUGAUCGUUGUUCAAUGACAUGCUUGGAUAAAGCCAGCCAAAAACAUGAUUUGGAUAUCACACAAGUUUCCCAAGUAGAAAAUCGAGAACUCAAGGAAGAAAUCUCGAAAUGCACGUCAGUGUGUGUAGAUGACCUUAUCAAGCUGCUUCCAAAAGUUCGGAAACGAUUUGCUGACUCAUUCCAACGACAUAUAGGCUUAUGA